GUCCAUGCUUGACUCAUCUCUCACUUUACCAGAGCUAAGAUCUCAGCUCUAUACAAAAACACAAGACUUCAGCCUUCACACAACAGAAGUGCCCAGCCCGGAAGCAAUAGGGGGGCGACUCGCCGUCUCUCACCUAGCCAUGGAAUACCUUUCAGCCUUGAGCUCCAAUGGCCUGCUAAGGUCAGUGUCCACUAUGAGCUCCGAGCUUAGCCGUAGGGUCUGGAACUCGGCUCCUCCACCUCAGCGACCCUUCCGUGUCUGUGAUCAUAAGCGGACAGUCCGGAAAGGACUAACAGCCGCCACCCGCCAGGAACUGCUAGAUAAGGUAGAGGAGACCUUGCUGCUAAGCGGAGUGCUAACGCUGGUCCUGGAGGAGGAUGGGACUGCGGUGGAGACUGAGGACUUCUUCGAGCUGCUAGAGGAUGACACAUGCUUGAUGGCUCUAGAGCAGGGACAGAGCUGGAGCCCAAAGAGUGGGAUGUUGUCAUACGGCCUAGGACGGGAGAAGCCAAAACAUAGCAAGGACAUCGCGCGCAUCACCUUUGAUGUGUACAAGCAAAAUCCUCGAGACCUCUUCGGCAGCCUCAACGUGAAAGCUACAUUCUACGGGCUCUACUCCAUGAGCUGCGACUUUCAAGGAGUUGGCCCUAAAAAAGUACUCAGGGAGCUCCUUCGUUGGACUUCCUCACUGCUGCAAGGCCUGGGCCAUAUGCUGCUGGGAAUCUCAUCUACUCUGCGCCAUGUGGUGGAGGGGGCUGAGCGAUGGCAGUGGCACCGGCAGAGUCACCUCCAUUCAUAAUGAAAUUGUGCUUUGA